AUGUUGAAGUUACUAGAUGAGGGGGCGGAUGUGAAAUUGAAAGAUCCUGUAGGCAAUAGUUGUCUUCACUACGCAGUGGUAUGUGGAAAUUACGAGUCAAUAAGACACCUGGUAAUGUACGGCGCUGAUUUAGAGCAAGAAAACAUUCGUAACGGGUACAAACCAAUUCAUUUGUGUCUGUCAGAAAACAAAGAAAAAUGCUUGGAAGAACUAUUAAAGCAUGGUGCUCAAGUAAAUGCGGUAGACUCUUCGAAAAAUACACUGUUGCAUUUGGUGCUGAAGUUCACGCCUAAAGACCUGGAUUUUAUUGAAAAACUCCUGAAUUACGGAUUUGAUCCCAAUAUCACAAAUAUAACGGGAAACAACUGCCUCCACAUUAUAGCAGCCUCUCGCUCAUGUACUGCAACAGAGUCCCUGCUUCUGGCAAAGAAAUUCAUAAAAAAAGGCGUUGAUAUCGACCAUGUUAAUAAUGCUACCGGUGAAACGCCUUUACAAAUGGCUUCCCGUACAGGAAAAAUCCAUUUGGUCGAUCUUCUACUUCGUGAAGGGGCAGCUAUGGAUGUGAGGAGCCACUUGGGAUUCACUGCUUUCGAACGAUUGUUUUUUGGGAAUCGUCCAAAGAUAGACAUUGUUGCCAUCUUCAUUAAACACAUAGCCCUUAAAAAACAUCGUGGGGAGACUGUCCAAGACAGUGUUUCUCAGAAAAUAGCAUCAGAUGCAAUCCUUCGAGCAAUAUACCGUAGUUACGACGAAGAUUUGAACCGUCUGAAAUCCAUUGAAAUAGUUGAAACGCACUGGGUUACAUUGCAUCAUAUACUGUGCCGCAAGAAAAGUGACGUCAUCAAUUACCUGCGUAGCACUAGUGUCAGAGAUAACAUUCUCUCACAAGAGGUUUCCACCAUUUACCGGAAAGAAAUUUGGCACAAAGUUUCGGAGUUGGUAAAAAUCGUCAUUUUUCAAGAGGUGUCCUGUAGAGUUGUGGAUGAAGUUUUAGAUGGUAGGCUGCCCUAUUUAUGCGUGGAACAAAUAUCAAAAUAUUUGUCCGAAAAUGAAGUGAAAGAAUUGUAUUCAUUAUUAUUGAAGAGCGAAAAUAUUGAUUGA